AUGUCUUGGUUGAAGCUAUGGCAGCCUAUAAAAGUUAACAGAAGUGAUAGACCAAUACUAGAAGAAGGCGAGUUUAAUGUCUACAUAAAGGAUAACGUUGGCUUGUAUCAAGGAAAACAGAAAAUCAUACACCAUCAGAAUGGAAGACUAUACUUAACAAAUAGACGAAUAAUAUACUUUGACAACAACAAUGUGAAGAAUAGUAUUGCUGUUGAUAUAAACCAACUCACUUCAGCAGAACUAAUUGAGCGGUUCUUGAGGUCUUCACCUAAAGUGAAAUUGUACCUCAAAGCUGAGAGUCGAGAAGGCGCAGAUGUGUCUGUGGCGCAAUCUACAACUCCUGGGUUCGAUUGGGUAUGCAAGAUUUGUUCCUUCAAGAACCAUAUUUCUGGGAUUAUAGAUGCAGAUACUGCAGUCCCCGUUUGUAUCGCGUGCGGAGUACCGAAUAAGAACUUUAGGCGAGAUGUGGUUCAAAGGUCUGGCGAUGGAGGGGACUCUUCCACACAACGUUCCCUGACUCCGUCACUUACAAACAACGACGUUCUGGAUAGCUCUCCGUCACCUACUAGUCUGACCCCGGAGCCGAGCUCAUCCACGAAUCCAACUGCUACGGGCCAAUGUCCAACAUGUACAUUCAUCAAUCACAAAUCACUAAAGUAUUGCGAAAUGUGUGGCACUCAAUUAAAAUCGUCAAUUUUCGAGGUUAACCAAUCCUUGGUACAAGUUACAUCUGCAUUAAAUCCUCUUGGUUUGAAACUUGAAGGUGAAGAGCAAUAUACUAAUGGUCAACCUUACAUAAAAAUAAGCUUUAGAAAAGGUGGUGAAUCUCAAUUCUUUCAAGAGAUAGCUACAUUGAUAGAUGAAAUCAAGUGGGAUAAUUUGAGGAGAAAAGGCGGUGUAAAUCAGAAUGCUGAACGAUUGGAAACGAGAAAGGAGCCUGUGAAAGCCGGUGGUGCCGGAAUUCAUGCUCUAGAGGCUUAUGGUGAACAGCAAAGGAAAAACAACGAAAGGAUCCUCAGUUCAUCUCUAAAUGAUCUAGAACAGUUGAUGUUCAAAUUCGAAGACUUGGUCAAACUUUCUACUUCUUUUCAAAGGGUUUUGGCCAGUGAUGGUAACAUUGUUUAUAAAAGUGUUCCACCGUUGAAUCUAAAUCGCAAUUCAAAGUUAUACCACAGUGAACUCAGCCGGCAUAUAAGCGAGUAUUUGACAAGCUUGGUCCUCACUAAAAAGUCUUCAAUGAUAACUUUGCCGGAUUUGUUUGCUCAGUAUAACCGGUUUUUGGUGAAAUGUUCUGGCUUUGGUACUGAAUUAGUCGAGGUCGCUGAUUUCAGAAAACUGGUUGAUUUGUUUGAGUCUUUAAAUUUGCCAGUAGUGCUGAACAGGUACGAAAAAAGCGGCCUUGUUGUUGUUCGACCAAAAGCUCACGCUCACACUUACAGCGAAUUCAUUGUAGAGUUUUUGCAGCAACAAGAAUAUAGGUACAAGAGAAGCUUAAUCAGAAGCGAGUUGAUUGAUGGUGAUGAUGAUGAUUAUGAUGAUAAUGAUAACCUUAAUCAUGAAUAUGGAUGUUACGGUGCUACUGCCUCGGAAAUAUCACACACUUUGAAUUGGUCAUAUGGUGUCGCCAUGGAAGAAUUGGAUAAAGCCAUUGGAUCAAAUCAAGUGGUUAUAGAUCAAAGCAUAUCAGGGACUUUCUAUUACGUUAACAAGUUUGCGGCUACUUUUGAUUGGGAUGAUUCGCUCAAAGUCCAACAAAUCAAAGACGAGAUCGUGGAGGAGCAAAGGGGCAUAACUGAACAUUUGAAGGAGGAAUAUGAAAACUCAAAAGUUUCCAAUUUAUUAAACCUUGAUGCUGAGUAUGAGUUUGGAGUAGUGUCCCAACACGUUGAUGACAACAACACUCAUCAAGAUUCCAGUGCUGGGCGAUUAUUGAAUGGACUAGAAGGUUUACAGUUCUAA